AUGAACGGCCAGUGGUUCGGACGCAUCGUCCGCGCGAUCGACGCGAGCGUCGAGGGCGCGGAGGUCAUGUACGCCGGGCACCCGGACGUCGUGCGCAACGUCGUUUUGUUUUUCGACGCGCGAGACGGCGACGCCAUCGCCGCGGCGGUGAUCAACGAGUACGGCGGCGUGGAAGAGAAAGACGGCGGCUACCGCGUGAAGGGCAAGAACGUCGCCGCGACGUCGGCGGACGAUUGGAUGCCCGUGAACGGCGACGUCGGGUGCGUUUCUUUGGCGUUCGACGAGAAGAAGGAGACGAUGUACGCGUGCGCGAAAGACUCUGGCGUGGAGGACUACGACGACUGUCCCCCCGUGCCAUCCCCGGGGGAGUUCGAGAACGACGGCGCCGGGAUCGACCUCGAAGCGAUCGGCGCCGACCGCGCGGUGAUCCUGAAGCGCUCCCCCGCCGCGCUCACGGACGAAGCCUUCGGUCUGGACGCCUCCGCGAACGAGGAGGAGGACUACGCCGCGAAGUGGCCCGAGGCGAUGCCCGGCUUGUGGUCGGGGACGAUGGUCGCGAACGACGAAAAGUACGUCUCCAUCCUCGGCGCGACGCCGACGUUCUUGAGCGUGUUUCAAGGCGCCGCCCCGAACGCGUGGGUGUUCAUGGACCCCGAGGACGAGACCAAGAUCGCGAGCGCGAACGUCGGUCUGAUGCGAAGCGUGAAGGAGCGCGAAGACGGAUCGUUCGAGUUUACGAACGAGGCGUGGAAGUACACGCCCGGCCCGGAGCACGUCGCCGGGCGCGACGACUGGUGCAACGCGUUCGUCCUCAGAGACGACAGCGUCUACAUGCUGUCCAACUCGCGCGCGGACGACGUCGACGACGCGGGGACAAUCGCGCCCGAGUGCCCGCGAAUGCCGGAACUCGAGACGCUGGGUCAGGUGGCGACGCUCAUCGCGGAGGGCGGGACGCCGACGUUUGAGCUGCUGUCCGAUCAGGGCGCCGUCUCCGCGGUGAUGCUGACGCGGCAGUGA